UUUCUGUGUUGCUGCAUCAUUUGUUGCUUCAUUUGUUGUACGUGCGUGAAAUGCAGUGUUUGAACGGUGUACGCCGAAGCGAUGCUCCCCAAGCAGCACAAUGUACUGAAAGUCGGGUGCAAUAGGGGUGGACGGGUAGGUGGAAGGCCUUGAACAAACUCGUGAAACUAAAGACCAUUGAUAAGACACAUACCGUCCGCCCCUAUUGCACUCGACUUUCAGUACACUGUGCUGCCUGGGUCGAUAAGAGUAUAGCUUACGCUGCGGUAAGCCCAUCUUGCGCUUUCGCUCGUCACAUAUUUGCGCGAUACGUUAAUUGUUACGAGAUAAGUUUAGAACUAUGGUGACCCGAGUGCCUUGGGCCUCCACAGAAAUAAGAGGUCUCAACAUGCUCGUAACAGCGAGGCAACAGAACAAAAAAAAAAAAAAAAAAAGACGCAGAUAACACGGCAGUCAACUCUCAACUCGCGAAUUCUAAAGAACGGUCUGGAACUGUUGAUAGAUUCUGAGAUAAAAGAUGUGCGCUAUGCAAGUGUAUGCCCUGUUAUUCGGGUUGUCUUAGCAGCUCCCCAGUUGCCCUCACUCCGCGAUUGCCCGUGGAGCGACCGUCAUCAUUACCUCUCCCAAAUGAGGGGUAACAUUUCAAGAUUGAGACGCACGUGGUUUCUCAGAAUUUUACCCUCUCCCCUGCGGAGAGAGAGGAGGUCGUAGAGUGAAAUAAAGUACGAAACUUGGUCCAACAGAACGGUCAUGCCAACAACAUGUUCAGAUCUGGUUUCGGUUUCACUCUGACGUAAACAUGAGCUACCCAACCUUGGCCAAUCACGACUGUGCUUUCGGUGGCCGUAGCUAUAUGGAGACGAGCGGCCUUCCGCCGCAUUAGUAUACAGCCGGUGGUAGUCACUGAAAGCCUGUGUUUGAAAUCGUCUGCGGCGGUUGGCUUACGCGUACUUAUGUGAAGGAGUGAGAGGAAGCAUUAAGCAGGCCUUCCGUAAUCUAGAGGGCGUUGCCGCGACCGAGAUAAAGGUGAUUGAUGACCGUUUUGAUAUUUGGCAAAACGUAAUCAGAUAGAUUUGUCUCGAAUUUUGCUUGAUUGGGCUCCACAGCAGAAACCGGAAGUUACCAGCAGUGACGUCAUAUUAGCGAAAGCGCCAGGCAAGAAAUCAAACUCAUAACUUAUAAGUAAUUAUUUUCCAACUUAAUUGAAAUAUUUUACACGAUAACUGUACGCAUCAUUCGAAAGCAUAUGACAUAAGCUCUACUCUUGGGUCCCGACUACCGCAUUCAUAAUAAUAUAAAUUAUGCCCGCCAUAUAUAAAUAUAUAAAAUGACAUUCUUGGGUAAACAUAAACAAGCCCUCUUCUGGAUAGUGGUCACUGGAUGUCCGAAGAAGACGAAAACCGUGCAGCAUGAUAAUGUACGAGCCUUUGUCUGCGACGACGAGGUCGGAUCAUGUGUCUGGCAGCAUGAUCACUUACGAAGCGAGCCCUGGAGAUUAUGAAGAGCCUGAAAUCACCAAGAGGAAUUUAUGGCGACCAGGAUCUUCCAAAUGCAACACGUGGUUGGCUCUUGUGGGCGUCGUACUCCUGGUGUGUUCCUGUGUGGCUGGUAUCGUCAUCUAUGUGUUCCUGAAGGUCAGCUGCAAGGACUGCGUGGAAUAUGCAGCACAGGUGUCACCCUCAACGCUUGGAGUCUACAACCGGUGGGCUGUAUCGACUGACGCUGCGCCAUGCUCAUCUGCACCGAGGCGCAUCUUCGCGAAGAACGGGACACUUGCGGACGCCGCUGUGGCCACGCUCCUUUGCAUGGGUGUUGUGCUGCCCCAUUCGAUGGGAAUCGGGGGUGGAUUCCUUGCCACCGUUUACCAAAGGAAGACUAGGAGAGCGUGGUCACUCAUCGCAAGGGAGAAAGCUCCGAAAGCGGCACACAGAACUAUGUUUGUUGGACAAGGAUCAGCUUCCACGGAAGGUGCCAAAGCAAUCGGUGUUCCAGGAGAACUGCGUGGCUACCAGGCCCUUCUGGAACGAAUGGGAAGUAAUCUUCCAUGGAAGGACUUGUUUGAAGAGGCCAUCAAGUUUGCUUUGGAGGGUCUUCCCGUUCACUCUCAUUUGGCUGCGGCUUUGAAGGAGAAGGAUAAAGCCGUAUACGGUUUUGCCAAUAUGAGGAACCUGUUCUGGAACAAUAAGUAUAACGCCACGUUGAAAGAAGGCAGUUUACUGUUUCAAAAAGAACUGGGAGAGACGCUAAAAGCCAUUGCUGAAAACGGCGCCGAUUACUUUUACACCGGAGAAUUCGCGAAGGAGCUCGCCAAGGAGGUACAAGAACAAGGAGGAAUACUCACAGCGGGUGAUCUUAAAGAAUACAAAGCAGAGUGGGUGGAACCAGUCACCGCCAAAUUCCGAGACGGCCGAACGCUCUAUUCAGCGCCUCCUCCUGGCAGCGGCGCCGUUCUCGCCUACCUCCUACAGAUCAUGGACGCCUUCAGAAAGUCUCCACACGCGUUUCUUGACGACGACGCCCUGACGCUACACAGGUUCAUUGAAGCCUGCAAGUUUGCUUACGGUCAAAGAGCCCAUCUAGGAGACCCAUACUUCGUGGACAAUACGGAUUUAUUGAAGAACAUGACUUCCUCGUGGAUGGCGGAGCAGGCCAAGGCCAGGACUAGCGACAGUCAGACGUUCGACGACCCUGCGCACUACAGCGGCCAUGAACGAUUCGCUGAGGACCACGGGACUGCGCACGCAUCUUUCUGGGGUCCAAACGGAGACGCCAUUUCUGUUACCAGCUCUGUCAAUUACUACUUCGGCAGUUUUGUGAGGACAAGCAGUGGUGUCGUGCUGAACGACCAGAUGGACGACUUCUCAACGCCUGGCAUCAGUAACGUCUACGGAAUCGCACCUUCCAAGUCCAACUUCAUUGAGCCAGGCAAACGACCGAUGUCUUCCAUGGCACCCGCUAUUUUUGUAAAUGCAUCUGGCGGUGUUGAUCUCAUCCUGGGCGGUGCUGGGGGAGCAAAGAUCACAUCGGGAAUAGCACUGGUGGCCAUGAGGAAUCUAUGGCAAGGCGACACUAUUAAGGAAGCCAUCGAUUUCCCCAGGAUCCAUCACCAAUUGAUUCCUAACAAUCUUGAUGUCGAGCGUGGCUUCCCGGAGGCGUAUGUAAAGCGAUUCGAAGCCAGAGGUCAUCACGUCGAGCGUCCGAUAGGGAGGUUCUCCAUUAUGAUGGGCAUCAGCCGCUACAUGGAUCGAAUUCAAGCCAAUGCAGACUAUAGAAAAGGAGGCACAGUUGAUGGAGAAUGAUACUGCGACUGUGAUCGAUACAUAUUGUACAGUUUAUCACGCACUUGCACGAACUUGACGAGAGCUACGUUGGAACCACCGACUACUCGUGUCUCACAUGUAUUUAUAAUGAAGAAUUGAUUCCUUCACGGAGGGAGUGAAGUUGGACAAAGCUUGUGUCGGCUGCAGUACAGGGUGUGUGCAGAAAAACAUGACC